UAUUCUAAGAAGAGACCAGUAAAGAAAUAAUUUUAGGCCUGAAAGGGCCUGAAGAGAAUCUAUUUGUUGUUGUGUUGUUAUAUGUUUGUUCUUGGUAGUAGUUUUUUUACCUUCUUCUUACUACAUAAAAAGUAUAAUUAAUCUGCCAAACAACCGAUAGUACUAAAUCAAAAUAUUUUUAAUAAACGGAACUAAGUCUGAGAGAAAUGCCUAUCCUCAGUCAAUCAUUGGUAGAUGAAAUUGUACAAAACUGUAUCAACUCAUAUAGAAAACUACCAAAAACUGGUAAACCUGUUGAUAACGAAUGGACGGUGUUGUCUUGUAUAGUGCAAUAUGAUAUAGUAGGAAAAUCCCAUGAAGUGGUAUCCUUAGGUACUGGAUCAAAAUGUAUUGGAGCCAAAAAUAUGUCAUCUCAAGGUAACAUUCUCAAUGAUUCUCAUGCUGAAGUAAUUGCACGUCGUGGGUUCUUAUUAUAUUUGUAUGAAAAUGUAACAAAUCUAAUUGAAAAUCGGCAAUCAAUAUUUUUAAACGAUGGUUUUAAAUAUACAUUGAAAGAAAAUAUAGAGUUCGUUUUUUAUUCAUCACAGAUGCCUUGCGGAGAUGCAUCAAUAAUACCUAAGAGUGGAGAUUCCAGUGACAUUGGUGAUUUAAUAUCAAAAUUGGGUAAGAGAGAAGCUCAGGAUGAUUUAUGCGAUGUGUCAACAAAAAAGAUGAAGCCAGAUAUCCAUAGAACUGGAGCAAAAUGUCUACUUAACAAUCAACAAGACCCUAGGGAUGCCGGACUAAACUACCACUUAGUAGGACAAGUCAGAACAAAGCCUGGAAGAGGAGAUAGGACACUGUCUGUAUCUUGUAGUGAUAAAAUUUCUCGAUGGAUACACUGUGGCAUCCAAGGGAGUCUUUUAGACAUGCUAUUAAAUAUGCCUGUAUUUAUCAAACAUUUCAUAUUUGGAUCAGGUGUCCCUUACUCAGAAGAAAUAUUGAAUAGAGCUCUGUUAAAGAGAGAAUCGGAAAUUAAUAUUGAAGAUCGAUUGAAAGAAAUACCUGAUUUCUAUAGAAGCUCAUUAAUAUUUCAGCACAUUCGAACAGAUAUAAAUGAAAGGCCUGCAGCAGGUAGCAUUGUAUGUAUUAAAACAAAAAAUAGAUUACUAGAAGUUGUUGUUCAAGGUAAAAAGUUAGGAGUUACAAAAAAGAGAGCUAAGGAUUUAAGCUCUAGUGUUUCUAUCAGUAAAUAUAGUUUAUAUAAGAAAUUUAUGGAAGUUUUACAAAAAAAUAAAGAGUUAAUGGCCCAUAUUUGUGGUACAGAAUCCAUAGAAACUAUCCCAUAUAAUGAAAUGAAGAGAAAAGCAAUCCAAUACCAAAUACAGUGGAAUAGAACAAAAGAAGUAUUUUUUAAAUCAUGGACUUUGAAACCAGACAUUUGGAAUUUUUGUGUUGAUAAAGUAACAUGAUGAAUA